UUCUGUCUCCUGUUAUGACUAUAAACAAGACAAAAUGAAACUUAGUUAUUUUUUUACCCAGUAAAACUGUUGAUGGAAUAACAGAGUGGGCUACACAGAGAAGCUUUCAGACCGGACAAACCUACGGUCCAUACAAGGAACUCUUCUAAAAAGUGUUAAAUCAAAGGGAUCAUCAUAAUUUAUCCUACACACCAUGAUUUCAGCUUGCUGGAGGUCUGGAUAUACUCUAAUUAAGGACUCCAAUCCAUCAACCCGCAGAAAACAGAAAGAAAAAUCAGAAGAUGUAGAAAAUGGAACACAAAUAUUGCCCCCCAAGGCGACAAAGGUCCUCUCUGGAAUACAUGAAAGUCUGGACUACUUACCUUCUCAUAGUGAAGUCUAUAAAACAUGGCUAAAACUGAAGCCCUACAGGUCAGACUGGGAUCGUUGGCUGAUGAUGGCACUUAUUGGUAUUGUAGUGGGCAUAGUGGGAUUCCUAAUGCACCAAAUUAUAGAUACCUGUUUUGAAAUGAAGUGGGAACUUGCAGAACAGUAUAUCAGGCAUGGUGAUUUCUUCACAACUUGGCUUAUCAUCCUUGGUAUUGGCUUUGGCAUGGUUUUUUUUGCAUCUGGACUUGUGUUGUUUUUAUGUCCAGCGGGAUCACCAAGUGGCCUCCCUGAAGUUAUUGGCUAUUUAAACGGAGCAUCAAUAAGACACAUCUUUAACAUAAGAACAUUUUUUGGAAGUUUUUUCUCAUGUGCCUUAUCUGUGUCAGCAGGACUCUUUUGUGGACCAGAAGCACCGAUGAUCCAUAUAGGAGCGGUGGUUGGAUGUGGUUUAAGCCAGUUUAAGUCUGAUACUUUGCGGAUAACUCUUCCGUUCUUUACGAGGUUUCGAAAUUCAGCAGAUAAGCGUCAGUUUAUUACAGCUGGUGCAGCUGCCGGCAUCGCUUCUGUAUUUCGGGCUCCAGUUGGGGGGCUUCUCUUUGCUCUAGAGGAGGUGGCAUCUUUUUGGGACAUUAAACUGGCCUGGCAAACAUUCUUCUGCUGUCUAAUGGCUGCCUUCACCACAGAGGUUUUCUCUUCUUCAUUCGGUGGAUUUGUAUAUAAUGGUUAUUUUGGAUUUUUCAAAGCAGAGCAGAGAAUCUUAUUCUGGGUGAAGGACCUAUUGAAUGUGAGCGUUUUGGCCUUUAUCCCCACCAUUAUCAUUGGCAUUAUUGGUGGUUUACUGGGUGCCUUGUUUGUGUUUCUGAAUGUGAGGAUCAAUAAGUUACGUCUGAGGCUAUUUAAUUCAAUUUCGCACAAACUUCUGAGACAGCUGAGUAAGCUCCUUGAGGCUUUGAUAUUGUUGGUAGCAACCAUGACAGUUACUGUCUACCUGCCAUUUUUCUUCCCAUGUAAUCCAGACUCAACCUUGCCCCAUGUUACAAACUCAUCUCAUGACACACAUGAAUUGUGGGAUGUCGCAGAAUAUAAUUGUCCAGUUGGGUCCAUGGUUCUUGAAUCAGAUGGGUUUCUAAAUUCAAAUCGUACAAUUAAUCAAGCUGCUGCUCUUCUAGUUCAGAAUGGGAAAAAAGGCAUCAUGCUUCUGUUCCAGCGCGGAACUCAUGAAAAGUUUGGAUUUCCUGCACUGUUUAUCACUCUUAUAUUCUACUUUACUAUUUCCUGCUGGACGGCUGGAACUGCAGCUGCAACUGGGCUUGUUGUACCCAUGCUGUACACUGGCGCAUUGUUCGGCAGGAUUGUUGGGUUAAUUAUGGUGUACUUGUUUGGCAUUCAAACUGAUGGGUAUGGGCAAUGGAUCGACCCUGGAUUGUUUGCAGUACUUGGUUCAGCUGCUUAUUUCGGUGGUGUUUCCAGACUGACCAUAUCUCUUAGUGUUAUUAUGGUGGAAUUAACAAAUGAUGUGCAGUCUAUCCUGCUGAUAAUGGUGGCUGUGUUGAUUGGAAAAACAGUAGGAGACUACUUCAACCAUUCUCUCUUUCACUCUUUGUUACAUCUUAAGUGUAUACCGUAUUUAAAGGCUGAGCCCUAUGUUGUCCAUGGGAAAAAGAAGGUAGACCUGGAGCUGUUCACAGCUAGAGAUGCCAUGCAGCCUUGUACAAUUAUCCACUUACAGGAAAGUGUCUUCAUGUUGGCCGAACUGCUCGUUAACACCAGUCACAAUGGCUUCCCAGUUGUCCAUAGACCCUCAACAGGCCAAGAUGAGGUAUUCUUAGGAACAAUUUCAAGGUUAGAGCUGUGCAUGAUUCUUUGCAACAGUAAUAUAUUCCAAAACCACGAGGAGGAUAAUACAGGCAAAACUCUACUCAAGUACCAAGAGGUAACGGUGGAGAAGCUGCCUGAUGAGGCUCGGAUGAACACAUUGCUGAACAAAUACUCCACAGACCCUCAGUAUCAGCAACUCUUCAUCAAUCUGGAGCCUUAUAUUAAUAAAUCUGCUGUCUCUGUUCAAGCUCAUUUCUCACUUCAACGAGCAUACAUUGUGUUUCGAACUCUGGGACUACGCCAUCUCACAGUUGUAGAUCUUCAGAACAGGGCUGUUGGAAUGAUCACCAGGAAAGAUCUCAUAUCUCUGUGGCUAGAGAAGAAGCUGAUUAAAUUGGACUCUGGAAAGCUGGAUUCAGACGAAGAGCUGUUACAAUAAAAAUAAGUAUGAGACCACAGUGAAUGAAGUGGAAUAUUGUGGAUAUUGGUAUCAUUCACCUGUAGUCUCAGCUACUAUAAAGUUCAGAACACAAGCUCAAUGGGGUGGAAAGCAACUAGAAAUAUGGAAUAAGGAUGACAUUACUUUUUCUUUUACAAAAGCAAGGAUAUAUCUUCAGACUUCUCUAUCUCAGUUUCAAAUGAAAAAAGGAAAAAAUAGUGUAAAUAUGAAAUACUAAAUCCUUUCAAAAGCAGAGUUAAUUGGGGUCAUUUACUAAGAUUUACACAAUUUUUGUUGUAAAAAAAGUCACAAGACAAAAUUUAGUUGCAUAGGCUUUUUUACGCCAUCCUUGCCACUUGAGUCGGCCCUGGCAAAUUUAACAGCGAUAAUGUUAAAAAUACUGCUCCCCAUUGUAAUUACGGGCACUUCCUGGAACAUGUGCUGGACAUUCGGCACGUGAUCCUAGCCCGGUUACAACCCGCGAUGUAUGUGGGCUGCGCCUGCACUGUCAGCAUACAUCGCGGGUUGUAACUGGGCUAGGAUUACCUGCUGAAUGUAUAGCACAUGAUCCAGGAAGUGCCUGCAAAGUAAUUACACUGGGGAGCAGAUUAUCACUGUUAAAGGUGCUUAAGUGCUUAAAUGUGGUAUUCCAGUCUUUAAAAAAAAUUCCAGUCUUUAAAAAAAUAAAAUAAAAA